AGUCAAUCCUCUUUGGUAUCAACAUUGGAGAUUGCCAGCAUGACAAGUUGACGCAGAAUUCAGAAAUGAGCCGGAAUUUGUUGACUGCAGUUGAUUUCAAAUAAAUGUUAAGUGCGUAGAACUCAAUAGUUAGUGGAUCCUAUUAUUAUGUCGGCUUUAUUCAACUUUCAAAGUCUUAUGACUGUCAUCUUACUCCUGAUAUGCACAUGUGCCUACGUACGAUCGGCAGUCCCUAGUUUAUUGGACCGAAAAAAAGUCGGGGCUAUGGGAAUAUUUUGGAAAUGUGCAAGAAUCGGCGAACGAAAGAGUCCAUAUGUUGCUUUUGGCUGUCUCUUCAUGGCAUUCACUAUAUUAUUUUGGUCCUAGAGGUGGUGAGAGCAUGAGGAAAAUGAUAUAUAUGAUUCCACAGUUGGAGAGUGAACAAACAACUUUAAUACAGAACGAAAUUCAUCAAAACAACAUAAAUAUACGAAACCAAUAGAAACGAUGA